AUGGCAAUAAAAAGUAAUUUGUUUUAUAACAUAAGUAAGGAUGAAAUAAUAGGGUUUAAUGAAACAAACAAUCGCAAAACGUAUGAUCCAGCAAAGUUUGUACUUGUCUUGUUGGUUCAAGGCAUAAAUUUCAAUUGGAAGCAACCGAUUGCUUAUUUUUUUAUAUCAAACAGUUUUACAGGUUUUGAUUUGCAGGACAUAAUUUUAACCAGUAUUUUUAAACUAGAAAAUAUUAAAAUUAAUGUUAAAGCAUUUGUUAGUGAUAUGGGUUCCAAUUUCAUAGGCCUCUCAAAUAAACUUCAAGUUAGUCCUGAGCGGCCAUAUUUUGAAAUUAAUAAUAAAAAUAUAGUGUAUAUAUUUGAUCCACCACAUCUUUUAAAAGCCACCAGAAAUAUGUUUUAUCAACAUAAUUUUAAGUAUGAUAAUGAAUUAAUUGAAAAAAAACAUUUGGUUUCAUUCUAUAAUGAAGAUAGUAAAAAUAAUCUUCGCGCUGCUCCUAAAAUUACAUAUUCUCAUAUAUUUCCUGGGCCUUUUGAAAAAAUGCGCGUAUAUUUAGCAGCACAGGUGUUUAGUGAGAGUGUCUCAGCUGGAAUGCUACUUUUCUUAAAAUCAAGCCACUUACCUGAUACUUCAUUGCCUACAAUCAACUUUAUUCAAAAUAUGGAUAAACUUUUUGACAUAUUUAAUUCUUCUAGACGACCUGGCUUAAAACAAUUUAAUAGACCUUUUAAAAAUACUGAUUCGCAAAUUUCACAUUUAAAAUUUAUGGAAAACUUUUUUAAAACAUUACAAGUAUUUAACAAAAAAACAAAUGUUGAAGUGACAAACCAAAUGAAAUUUAUUAGAGGUUGGUUAAUUUCAAUCUCUGGUUUAUUUCAAUUGUGGGAAUCACUAAAAGUUAUCAAUACUGAUGAGAGUUAUGUUCUGUAUACAAGUCGAAUCAAUCAAGAUAGGUUGGAAAAUUUAUUUGGCACGUUUCGCACCCAACAUAACGGAAAUAAUAUUAAUCCAACCCCAAUACAAUUUAUCUGGUCAUAUAAACAAAAUUUUUGUCUCAAUUAUUUUACCCACUCUGACAAUGCAAAUUGCAUAGGAGACUUGGAUGAAAUUUUAUCUAAAAUUAAUACAGAUCCCUUAAAUGACAAAAACAUAAAAAUAAUAUUUCAUGAUAAAAAUCCAUUUCAAUUUAAAAAAAAUAUACUUGCAAUAGGCACCCCAGAUUAUAGGAAUUUACCGAUGCCAGAAAAAAAUGCUUUCAUAUAUGUUUGUGGAUUUGUGGAUGAAGAAAUGCAUUGA